ACGGCGCCUGGCGGCACCCGCGCGGGUGCGGCAGCUACACGCCGGCGGCCGCGCUGCAGGUGGCCCCGCCAACGCCGCCCUCCGCGGCGCGCGCGGGCCCGCUGCGGGUGCGUGUGUGGUCUCUCGGCCUGCACGCCACCUUGGCGAUGGAGCCGGAGACCGUGUGGACCGAGGCGCCGCGCGCGGCCGAGCGAGGAGAGGAGAGUCGGGGCGGCCGGUUGCUCCCUGCCGGCGCUGGGGGGCUCCCAGGAGGCCCGCGGGAGGGGCCCUGGACAGGUCUCCGUCGAGUCCGUCCUGGCGCAGAACUACUGCGACGUCGGCGGCCUCGGGAGGUGUGUCGCGGAGGGUGCGAUCGCCGACCUGCUCCGGCGCUACGUGGUCAAGAGUGCCCCGGCUGAGAACGGUUUGAGCAAGUUCCCGCAUGUCCCAGAUCCAGAGGGCCUCAGGCGUGAGUUCCUGGCCGCCGCCAGGUCCGACCCUGGCAUCGCCGCGGCCGACGCGCUCAUGUGCUCGGAGCCCCCCUUCUUCUGCGCGCUCUUCCUCGGCCUCGGGAAGCCGAUCGUAGGGUACAUCGGGAACCCCUUCGGCGCCUACCUGAAACCCGGCGGGCCGCAGG